GCUUUUCGGUUCGCAAUCCGCAACGUCCAUAUUGCCUACCACCGGGUUCACCUUUCUGUCCCGGCCACCAGUCUUUUCACUCUCGAGGCCAAUCUUUCUUUGCUGUCGUUUCCGCAACAUAUGCAGUCUGCGGAAGAUCCAGACUAGGACAACCUGUAACACAACAACGAAGAAACACCUGCCAGUUCAAAAUGAGGUUCGGACGGACCCUCCAGAUCUCCACGUACGAGCCGUGGAAGCAAUACUACAUCGACUACGCCAAGCUCAAGAAGCUCCUCCGCGAGGAUGAGUCUAGCGUCAACCUGCAGGGCUCUGCCAAAAACGCUGAUCAAUGGACGGAGAAAGAUGAGGAGGCUUUCGUGGAAGAACUUGUGAACGUCCAGUUGGAGAAGGUCCACAAGUUUCACAAAGACACAUACGAAGCUUUAGGAGAGCGUACAGCGGGGUGUGAAGCUAAGCUUGACCAGAUCGCUGGUGCCGAGAAGGGUUCAUCAGGCGAGGCGCAAGACAAGCCAGCAGAAGAGGGAAGCAGCAACAGCAAUGGAAAGAAAAAGGUGCCCAGCGAAGAAGAGAAGCAGAAGAUACUGAAGGAGGUCGAGUCUGAGCUCGAUCAAAUCACCAAAGAGACGAACGAGCUUGAGAAAUACAGCCGUGUCAACUACACUGGCUUCUUGAAGGCGGUCAAGAAGCACGAUCGGAAACGUGGUACCGCCUACCGCGUACGGCCAUUGCUUCAAGUGCGUUUGACAGCUCUGCCUUUCAACAAGGAGGACUACAGUCCUCUUAUCUUCCGACUCAGUGCCAUGUAUGGCUUUGUGCGACAACACCUGAACGGCAACGACACACAGGCCGUGAAAGCGUCGGAGAAUCAAGAAGGCAAAGAAGAGUACAAGAGUCACAAGUUUUGGGUUCACCCAGAGAAUCUGUUGGAGAUCAAGACUAUGAUCAUGCGCCGUCUCCCGGUGCUAGUGUACAAUCCUCAAACAUCUCGCGUCGCCGAAGGCCUCACCCCAGAUCCGUCCAUCACAAGCAUAUACUUCGACAACCCCGAUUUCACGCUCUAUACGGACAAGAUUGAAAAGAGCUCCGGUUCUUCCUUGCGACUGCGCUGGUACGGCCAACUCGAUGACAAGCCAGAUAUCUACCUGGAGAAGAAGACCAUCACCGAGAAUGAUACAAGCUACGAAUCCCGUUUCGCUACCAAAGACAAAUACAUCCAGCGUUUCCUCAAGAACGAGUACCACAUGGAGAAGCAGAUCACGAAGCUUGAGGAGCGAGCUGGCGAGCAGAGUGCAGAGGCACGAUCGAUGAAGGCGUCGGUCGAGGAAAUCCAGAGCUUCAUUACCGAGCAUGAACUGCAGCCUGUAGUGCGCGCGAACUACACUCGCACUGCUUUCCAGAUCCCUGGAGACGACCACGUCCGUGUUAGUCUUGACACCGAUCUAGCCUUCAUCCGCGAGGAUGCUUUCGACCUCGACCGUCCAUGUAGGGAUCCCGACACGUGGCAUCGUGCUGACAUCGACAACAACCGACUUGAGUAUCCCUUCUCUUCCGUUCGUAAGGGUGAGAUCACACGGUUCCCCUUCGCUGUGCUUGAAUUCAAGAUCAAGAAUACUGGCAAGAAGAACGAAUGGCUUGAAGACAUCAUGAACAGCCAUCUGGUCAAAGCAGCUCCCCGUUUCAGCAAAUUCGUUCACGGAGUUGCGACGCUCUUCGACGAUGGUGUCAAUAUUUUCCCGUUCUGGCUGAGUGAAAUGGAGACCGACAUUCGCAGAGAUCCGCAGCAAGCUUUCGAGGAAGAACAGGCUCGUCGACAGAAAGAGCGUGACGAUGAAUUUGCCGUCGGCUCUUUACUCCGAUCGGGUGUUAGCCCUAGGUCGAAACCUGGCGUCAUUUCUCCCGUGGGUUCACCAAUGCUCGCAGAUACCAUCAAGCGUGACGCAGAAGCAUCUUCUAGACUGGGAACCUCCGCUGUGGUGGAGCCGACCCAACGCAAUCAAACUGCCGGAGAGCCCGACGACGACGAGACGGGUAUUCAGGGCAACCGUGAGUCUGGCCCACCGCGCGGCUUGAAGAAUAUCUUCCACACCUGGAGCACAAGCAAAUUCGCACAGUCCAGACGUGCCGGCAAGACACGUCUUCCACCAGGUGUGGUCGAGCCAAAGUUCUGGAUCAAGGACCAAGGCCCGCUCAAGGUUGAAGGCAAGGUCUGGCUCGCCAAUCAGAGAACUUACAUCAAAUGGCAACAUGUGUCUGUUCUCCUUGCUGGUCUCUCGUUGGGUCUCUACAACGCUGCCGGCAAAGACAACAACAUCGCUCGUGGCCUCGCUGUAGUGUACACCAUCGUCGCCCUCUUCACUGCUGCAUGGGGUUACGGUGUGUACAUGUGGCGUACCCACCUGAUCGAGCGAAGGAGCGGCAAGGACUUCGAUGCAAUCAUCGGGCCUAUCGUCGUCUGCAUUGGUCUGAUCGUUGCUCUUGUCCUCAACUUCAUUUUCAAGUACCAUCAAGCGCUCAUUGACCGCGAGCACCAAGAUCCCAGUCACCCGGGCUUCAACCACACAAGCUCUUAUGGCUUGCAGCAGAUGCUUUCAUGAGGAAGAUGACAAGGAUUGCUUAGUGAUCAGGUCACUUCUAGAUGUCGUUCAGUGUUUCCCCCACGCGUCGCUCUAUCAUGUAAAUAAUGUAUCGUCUAUCCAUCGGAAUGCAGGUUUCGGUAUUAAAUGCUCCACGUCGAUUGUGUGCGCUUU